AUGGGACCGACCAACCGCUUUGGUGGCGGUCCUUGGGAUGCAUUGAGGGACCUAGUGAAAGGCGCCUUUCUUAUGUCCCGUUGUGGUGAUGUGAAAGCUGUGGCAGUGUUGCUGUUGGUGGCGAGUCUGUUGCAAGAGAUCCAGGGAUAUGACCAGUACAUGUCCUGUGGACAGAGUGGAGGCACAGAUGGAAGAGAGCCAAAGCACCUGCACUUUGUCCACCAGCAGGACUUGCCCUGUGACUUCCAGAGCUCUGGUGACAACUUUUGCAAUGUGCCUGGUGAAGCAUAUCCAUGGUAAGAAG